AAUUUAUCAGAUUUUUGGUGAUUUAUUGACAGAUACAACAAUGAACCAAAAGAGUUUGGAGAUGGCAAAUCUGAGACCCCAAGACUCAAGUUAUUCAUGACGAAAGAUGAGGUUGGGUUUUACGACAGUGCAGUAGAAAUGAGGUCAGCAGCUGAAUGUUUGGCCAAGUAUGAUGAACUCAUUGACCUUGACAUUUGUUCCCCAACCUUCAAUGCCAAGAGAGUAACUGACAUCGUCUUGGAACAUCAAGAUCGGCUCAUCUGUGAUGUCAUUUUGGACCAGCUGAUUUUGCCAGGCGUUGGGAACAUCAUUAAAAACGAGGCUCUCUUCAAUGCAGGUAUUAACCCGAACAGUAAAGUGAAAGAGUUGAGUCGGGAAUUGGUGGCUUUCCUGGUCAAGAUGAACAGGGAUUUUACUAAUAUAUUUUACAAGUGUCGCAAGGAAGGGAAAGAUUUGCGCAAACACAUGAACAUUUAUCGCAAAUCAAAAUGUCCUGAAUGUGGUGGAAAAGUAACCAAAUGCAAACCUGGUGAAUAUGAAAGAGCAACAUUUUUCUGCCCAUCAUGCCAGACAAAUACCCUAAAGUCUUUAAAGAAACUUCCUACAAAGAAUUCACUUCUGGGAUGGGUAACAGCUAACAAAGAUAUGAUACCGUGGAAUUGUAGAAUCUGCACUCUUGAGAACAAGCCUGCAAGUAGCAGAUGCAGUGCUUGCUUCACACCAAGAUUUCUAGAUUCACCAAACAAGAGCCAACGCCAUUUGCAAUCUGAGGUCCCUUUGCAGCUGCAACAAGACCACUCUGAGGAAAGCCAAUUGCCCUGCCCUUCACCUUGUAUGCCACUGUCUUCCCCACGGCUGCAGUGCACCCCUUCCAGCAGCACCAGUUCUCCUGAGGCAAGAGUGCCUGCCAAGAAACAUGUUCUCUCUGAUGAAGAACAUCCAGACAGGGGCUUGCAAAGAAAGUACAAAUUUAAAAGGCUCGGCAAUUCCCCUGCAAGUCUUCCAAGCACCCCACCCCCAGUGUCCCAGUUGAAUUCAGCACUUGUUGACACGCCAGUAACUCACCAAACAAGAUCACAGAGAAGUCUUGCUCCUCCCACACCCAAGACAAGAAAUACACUGAAAGCUGAGAGAGAAGUAGCACCAGUUUUGUGUUCUGGCCACAAGUUCCCAGCACGUAAAUUGAGAGCUGAAAAAAGUGCUGAAAACAGAGGACGAAUUUUCUAUGUGUGUGACUUACCAAAAAAGAACCAGUGUAAUUUUUUCAUGUGGGGAGAUGCACACCAUCCUCUUUGUGGUCAUGGGAAAAUUACAGUCAUCCGUGAAGUAUUGAAGCAAAAUGCCAAUAAUGGUCGAGAAUUCUAUUGCUGUCCAUUUCCAAAGACCAAACAAUGUGACUUUUUCCAAUGGGUUAAUGAUGUUACGGCAAAAUAGAUGACCUGCCAGAAUUUUUAUUUUUGUCUUAGGGCCAGGAUAGCAUGACUCUCAUCCAGAUCAGUGUAAUAUUGGGAUGGGGGUCAGGUCUUGUCAAUUAUAAUUGCCUAUGUCAAUGGAAAAUUUGUCUCUUAUUUUUUAUUACUGAUGUAUUUCAGACAGUGAUAUUUAGAGAAGUAAAAUACUAUAGUAACAUAGAACUUGACAGCUAUUGUGAUUUUUUCUUCUUUUUAGGUACAAAACUUUUAUAUGAAUGUCAUAUCCAUGUAUGUUACAUGAUCCUAUUUCAUAACUAAAUUAAUAGUUUUAAAAUUUAUUUAAAAAUCUGAUGAAAAAAUAUAUAAUA